AUGUCGUCAUUUGCACUGGAGCUGGCGGGCGUGUCGGUGGCGGUGGCGGGUUGGGUCCUGAGCGUGGUGAGCUGCGCGCUGCCCAUGUGGCGGGUGUCAGCCUUCAUCGGCGCCAACAUCGUGACGGCGCAGGUGUACUGGGAAGGUCUGUGGAUGAGCUGCGUGUUCCAGAGCACAGGGCAGAUGCAGUGCAAGGUCUACGACUCCAUGCUGGCACUGCCCCAGGACCUUCAGGCGGCCCGCGCCCUCACCGUGGUGUCCAUCAUCGUGGGGGUUCUGGCUUUGCUCAUCUCCUUAGUGGGCGCCAAAUGCACCAACUGCAUCGAAGACGAGGGCGUCAAAGCCCGGGUGACCAUCUCGUCCGGCGCUGCCUUCAUCGUGGCGGCGCUCACCCAGCUGGUGCCCGUGUCCUGGUCGGCCAACACCAUCGUGGUGGAGUUCUACAGCCCCAUCGUCCUGUCAGGACAGAAGAUGGAGAUCGGGGCGGCGCUUUACCUGGGCUGGGCCCUGGCGGGCAUCUGCCUGGGCGUGCUGGGCUUCCUGAUGGCCGUCGUGAUGUGCGCGCUGCCCAUGUGGAAGGUGACGGCCUUUGUGGGCGCCAACAUCAUCACGGCGCAGACCAUCUGGGAGGGCUUGUGGAUGAACUGCGUGACGCAAAGCACGGGGCAGAUGCAGUGCAAGGUGUAUGACUCCAUGCUGGCGCUGCCCCAGGACCUACAGGCGGCGCGCGCCAUGACGAUCGUCGCCAUCAUUCUGGGCGUCCUCGGGGUCCUGGUGUCCGUGGCGGGCGCCAAGUGCACCAACUGCAUCGAGGACGAGGGCGCCAAGGCCAAGGUCGCCAUCGCGGCGGGCGUCCUGUUUGCCCUGGCCGGCCUCCUGGUCCUCAUACCGGCCUGCUGGACCGCCCACGUGGUGGUGCGUAACUUCUACGAUCCCAUCCUGACCAACCCGCAACGGCGGGAGCUGGGCGCCUCGCUCUACGUGGGCUGGGGGGCCGCCGCCCUGCUGCUGAUCGGCGGCGCCAUCUUGUGCGGCAGCUGCCCCCCCAAAGAGCGCCAUUAUAAGCCCCCCAGGAUGGCCUACUCGGCGCCGCGCAGCAACAACGCCGGAUACGACCGCAAGGACUACGUGUAACCUGCGUGCGUGCGUGUUUGUCGGUGUCACGUUUCACUGAAACUGUUUAAACCAGCCUGCUCUCAAUUUUACAUUUGCAUUUGUCUCUUCCUCAGCACAGAUUCACUUCUGUACGUGUGUGUGCGUUUGUGCGCGUGUUUGCUUGUGUGUGUGUGUGUGUGUGUGAGACCACAGUGUGGCUUCCUCACAAAGACUCCUACAUGAAGUUCCAAUCUUCCUGCUUUGCUUUAGUGUUCAUGAUGUCUUUCCCACGUUUCUGUGUGUGUGUGUGUGUGUGUGCCUUGUGUGUUGUGUGUUGUGUGUGUGUGCAGGUGGUGUCGUGUUUCAAUGAAACUGUGUGUUCAAAUGAGUGCGCUGAGGAGACAGCUCUCAUGUUACAUUUGCAUUUGCUUCUUCCUUGUGUGUAAUAUUUGCUUCGAGACUGAAACUGAAAAUGUUGACUACGGGCCGCUCACAGUUUCACUCUAGGUGGAGAUUGGUCCAGACUUCUAUUUUAUACGUUUUGUGUGACUUUAUUUUAGAUUCAGCAUCAUGCUUGUUCGUAAUAAUAUGAAUUGUUAAUGCCAUGUAACUUUUUGUAAGAGCAAAAGUGUCAUGUGAAUCGUGUUAGUUGUGACUUUUAUACUGUUAGUGCUACUAUAACUGGACUAAGUUUGUGUGUGUGUGUGUGUGUGUGUGUGUGUGUGAGAGAGAGCUAGAAAAUGUGUAUGUAUUUUAAAUAAACAUCCAUCCAUCCA